AGUUAAAAAGUUUGGGUCCCAGCUGACAGUCAGCUGAUUGGCUCCUGAUUGACAGCUUUGAAAAGUUUCCUUGUUUCUAUACUAUUAUGCUAAUGAGGAGCCGGAUCCGCGGCCGCGGAUUGGCGUCGAAUCCCGAUAGGAGCGUGACGUCAGGGACGCUAUAAAACUCAGCAAUGCUUUUAAACUGUCCUCCCGGUUCAUCUCUUUAAAAUAUUUUUUCACCUUGCCGUUGAAGCUGGGGAGUCGAGGGGUUAUUAUUAUUAUUAUUUUUCCUCCCUUAUCUUUCUUUCUCACCUUUGCAGAACUUGGGAAGGAAGAUCCUUCGCGCCCGAAACCCUCUGGCUCUCCAAACCUCCCCUUCCUUUUUUAAGAAUGCGAUUUUAGCGACCUACCUGCUCUUAUUUUAUUUUAUUUUUUUUAAAAAAGCAUCCGUCGCGUUCUUCUUCUUUUUUUUUUUUUUUUUUCCUUUCCUUGGUGCUGAAACUCACUCUCUUUCUCUGCGUUUGGACUCCGGCCACGGAAGAGGGGAAAAGAAAAAGAAGGGAAGAAGUGUUAAAAAAAAAAAAAAAGACAGCGAGAAAGCAAGCCAAACAAUCCUUUUCAAAUCAACGCGGAACUGCCAAGUAACCUUUCCCUAUAAAAACUGCCGUUGCGAAGCUGCAGAAAGAGAGAGAGAGAGAGAGAGAGAGAGAGGAAAGGAAGAGAGCGAGCCACGAGCGCGCAGAGGAGAAAAGGGGAGGGAAGAAAGAGAGAGAGAGAGAGAGAGAGGAGGGGAAGAGAGAAAGAAAAACGAAAGAAACCGAGGCGGCCGGAUGCAAAAGGCGAGCAAAUAGCACGGAGCGAGGCAGCGAGGCACGGCCGCUCGCGGGUUGCCGGCAACUGCAGCCCAGCGGCUCUUUUGUCAAAGGGGAGCCCGAGUGCGAGGAGCUGUUUGCUGCUGCUGCUGCUGCUGGCUGGCUGGCUGAUCCCGGCUCGCCCCGGCAGAGCGAGCGAGCGAGCCGAGGAGGAGGAGGAGGAGCAGAGCGCAGCUCCGGACCACAGCUUCCCGAGGCUUCCGCGCGGCGACCAGCAAACUGGCUCAUCCGCUGGCAAGUCAGAGCAGCCCCCUGGCUCCAGGAGCGCACCCUUUCUGGAGGACGGGCGGCGGCGGUGGCGGUGGCGGCGGCGGCGGUGGCAAAAGGAUGGCAUCGGACCUGGCCCUGCACAGCGCCGACCUGCCCACUAGUCCCUUGGCCAUGGAAUAUGUUAAUGACUUCGAUCUGAUGAAGUUUGAAGUGAAAAAGGAGCCGGUGGAGACGGACCGCAUUAUCAGCCAGUGCGGCCGUUUGAUCGCUGGGGGUUCGCUCUCGUCCACCCCGAUGAGCACGCCGUGCAGUUCGGUGCCUCCUUCGCCCAGCUUCUCGGCUCCCAGCCCGGGCUCCGGCGGCAGCGACCAAAAGACCCACUUGGAAGACUAUUACUGGAUGACCGGCUACCCGCAGCAGCUCAACCCGGAGGCUUUGGGCUUCAGCCCGGAAGACGCCGUGGAAGCGCUGAUCAACAACAGCCACCACCAGCUCCAGAACGCGGCGGCCGCGGCCGGCUUCGAAGGCUAUGCUAGAGGGCAGCAGCUGGCCGUGGGCGGCGGUGGAGGAGGCGGCGGAGGCGGCGGAGGAGGCGGCGGGUCGGGGGGAGCCAUGCCGCCGGACGAGACCGGCUCGGCGGCCGCCGUGGUGUCGGCGGUGAUCGCGGCCGCGGCGGCGCAGCAGCAGCAGCAGCAGCAGAACGGCGGUGGCGCGCCCCACUACCACCAUCACCAUCACCAUCACCCGGCCGGCGGCCACCACCACCACCAUCAUCCGCAGCCGCAGCCGCCGGGCAGCGUGCCGUCUUCGGCCAGCAGCACCAGUAGCAGCAGCAGCGGCAGCAGCGGGGGAGGCGGCGGCGGCGGGGGCCUCCACCACCAGCACCACGGCGGCGGCGGCGGCGGCUUGCAUUUCGACGACCGCUUCUCCGACGAGCAGCUGGUGACCAUGUCGGUGCGCGAGCUCAACCGGCAGCUGCGGGGCGUCAGCAAGGAAGAGGUGAUCCGGCUGAAACAGAAACGACGGACCCUGAAAAACCGAGGCUACGCGCAGUCCUGCCGCUUCAAGCGGGUCCAGCAACGGCACGUCUUGGAAUCCGAGAAGAACCAGUUGCUCCAACAAGUGGAACAUCUGAAGCAGGAAAUCUCCAGGCUGGUCCGGGAGAGGGACGCCUACAAGGAAAAAUACGAGAAAUUGGUCAGCAGCGGGUUCCGGGAAAACGGAUCCAGCAGCGACAAUCCCUCUUCUCCAGAAUUUUUCAUGUAUCCAAGAGAAUCCUCUACAACGGUGAUGUGAGCGUUUCCUGUUGCCUGGAGCCUGAUAAGAUAACACGAUGCCGGUUUGCAGAUGGCUUACAACGAUUUUCUGGCAUGAAGAAUAAAGCUACAAAGCACAAAACAAUGGGCAAAAAUAAAAUAAAAACCUACAGACAAAUGAACUUGGGAUAGAACAAGGAAAACAA